UCUUCAACUAAACACUUGACAAUUAGAAUUCGUCAUGCUAAGAAUAGCCGUACUCGUUGUGGUGCUGGGCCAGGCUUUGGCUAUGCCCGAGCUUGGAAGCAGUGUUAAAAGACUGAGACGACAAACUGGAUAUGACGGGUGUCACCAAAUGUCCGCCUGUGCCACGGCAUUAGUUGCAGAUUUUGCAGCGACCGGGAAUGAUAUGUCCAAAAUGUGUGGGUUGUAUGCAACCUUCUUUAGCUGUGUGGAUACAGCCCCCAGUUGCCCAUCAAUGACAGGAGCGGCGUUUAAUGACCAAAGAGCACAGAUAGCCAUGCUCUGUGGAGGUUCUGCUGCCGAUUCAAGUUCUCACUGUCAAACGGCUCGGCAAUGCGGGACAGUCUUUGAGACCUCAUUCUAUGCCUCGCCCUUCCAUCCGGUUGAACACUGUGGAGUCUUCGAUUCCUACAUUGCCUGCCUACAGGCAGUUGUUGGACUGUGUCCUGCAGUCAACCAGUCAGCCAUUGACCUUCUGAGUACUGGUAGAUCACUGAUUUGCACAACAGAUGCAACAAGUUCCUGUACCAGUGCUGUUCCCUGUGCAACGUCGUUCAUGGAUAUGUAUUCUGGAAGCUAUGGCAACGCUGGAAGUGAUGCGUGCAGCAAUACGCAGACCUACAAGAAAUGUCUGACGAAAUAUAUCGGUUCCUGUCCAUGGCUGGGAGAAGUUGGGAUUAUGGAAGACGCAGAAUACAGACGUUAUCAGGCGUGUGGAGUCAGCAGCACUUCGAGCUCCUCAGGAUCGUCGCUCACUGUCCCAAGCUCAAUAAACAAGUCGAGCCUCCUGGCGUUCCUCCAUGAUGCAGAACUGGAGAUGGCGGAAACAGUUCACGACGCGGAGGAAUCAGUUUCUGCUAUUCAGGACGUCCGCCAGCUCGUGGAAGAGUGAUGAGACUUGUGUCCGCUGAAACAACAGCCAACUUCUGCACAAACCCAUUAGAAUAAAGUUUGUCUGCAUGA